AUGUCGGCUCGAGAAAUGAUCGAGAGUCGAUUGAGAAGCAUUGGCCUGCCAAAUGUUUAUGUAGAAGGAGACACAUUCAUUCAAAAGUGGGAUAGUGCGUUGAAAAAGUUUAGCAAUGCAAUCGAGAAAGAUUACAUUGAUAACAGAGAGGUCAGUGAUGAAUUGAGGCAUUAUGAAACCGUAACAUUUCAGCCACGAGCAGACUUUGAGAAAAAGAUUGAAAUUCUAGAAGAAAUCGAAAACUAUAUGGCGAGACAUGUUUUCAAUAAAUCAGUUUGGUAGAGAAUUGAUGCAUGUGUGCAGUCAUUUAGUUCCAGAUCGAAGGUGAUUUGUAUGCGUUGAAAGGUGUCGUUCCAUUCGGAAGUUCGACUUCUGGACUCGGAAUGAAGGGAGGCGAUCUGGAUAUGACCAUUUGUGUCCAUCCUCCUAUCGGUCGAAAACGCAGAGCUGAAAUACACAGUAAAAGCAAUGAUAUUCUGCGAACUAUAUUUGCAUCUAUCAAAAACAUAUUCCCCAAUAGGGACGUUAGGGAAAUGAAGCACAUCUCAGAAGCAACAGUUCCAAUCAUAACUGGAUAUGUGGAUGGCAUUGAGUUGGACAUCAGCAUUUCAAUGACUUUCCUCGUGUCGGCGCAGUAUCUCUCUUCCAAAUUUAUUGAUGCUUAUGGAAAGUGAGAAAAUAUAACCUAAAUUUUGCGAAACAGGUUUUCCAGAUACGAUCAUCGCUUUAUAUUGCUGGCUGCUUUCGUGAAGAAGUGGCAGAAGUCUAUGAAAACAGGAGAUAAUGAGGGCUACUAUAACAGAGUUAUUCCGAACUCGUGCAGCACCGUUCUGCUCGUCGUCUUUUUCAUGAAACAUUACGGACUGCUGCCGAAUAUUUACAGUAAACACAAAGGUACCACAUUUGUUAAUAGUAAGAAAACAGGUUAAUUAUAGAUAUACUCGGAUAUGAUGUUGCUAACUGGAAAAGAGUAAAUCAAGGGGAAAACGGUUCUUUUGGUAUUCCGGACAUAGGUUAACAGAAGUCGCAAGUGAAACAGUUCCAUUGAAUUGGUUUCCAGACGUUCAAAAUUGGAAGUUGUCGAAUAAGUGUGAAGUUAGUGUCGCUACACUUUUCCUUCUAUUCAUCGACUUUUACGCGGAGGUUGUCGAUCUGAAAUCACAUAAACUAGAUAUUAGUAAAGGAAAAGCUUUGCUAAAAGGCAGAAAGUGAAUUGAAGGUACACGAUACUGACUUCCUUACGUUUGUAUUUCAGAAAUGCCAAAAAUCGCAUUUACAUAGUGGAUGUUAUUGACAAGUGGAACCCAUGUCGAUCAGUAACUGAAAUAGAAAAGUACAUGAAUGUGCUGCGGUAAACAUAAUUUAAAGUUACAUGUGAAAGUUAGAUUUCCAGUAAAGCAAAAAUAGACGUUAGGGAAGAACUUAAUAUUAGCGUUCUAAUGAAGAAAAUGUUUACCUAUCCGCUGUUCGAAGUAACAACUCCAAGACAAUCAAGAACAAAGUCGAGAUCAAGAUCAAGAAACAGGUCUAGAUCAAGAAAAAACAGAACGGUGCCUGCUAAUCCACUGUGUGUGGAAUAUGAACCUGUAAUUCACAAAACAACUUCAACUACAGUUCGUUUCUCUGAAGGUUUGCUUGCAUCAACGGGUAACACAAUGAGGACCACGGUAAUAAAGAUAUUGAGUGUGCUUCUGAUUAGUGUCAUGACUGCAGGAAUCUCCGAUUAAUGGGAAGCAAGGUGCCGAAGCUAGGUUGAAAGCUCUCGCGUUAUUUCGAGGGCCUCAUCAUAAUGUAACAGCAAUUCAAGCGUGCGAUUCAUAUUUGGAUAAGUUCAGCAUUUCCAUCGAACAGGAUUACUUAGAAAAAAAAGAGGUUCAUUUUUCGAGUAUACGCAGAUUCUUAUUUUUUUUCGUUUUUCAGUCGGAGAGAGAGUGGAACAAGAAGAAAGGCAUCAUUGAAGAGGUGAAUGCAUACCUGAAAAAACUUUUCCGGACCUAUCCGGUAAGUGGGAAUACGAGAAUGAAAGUAAAAAGUAAGUUGCUCUUGCAUACAGAUUGGAGGUAUCAAAUACACUCUGAAAGCAGUGGUUCCGUUCGGCAGUUCUGCUUCGUCACUUGCGACGAAAGAUGGAGAUCUGGACAUGCUUGUCUGUUUGCAUCUCGACAAUUUCACGGAGGACGAGGAAUUGAUCAAAAAGAGACGCAACGAGAUCCUGGGUGUCAUCUUUCAAGAUAUACAAUUAGGAAAAUGCUUCGAUUUGUUCAAAAAUAGAACUUUGAAGGAUAUGGAACACAUCCGAACAGCGAGAGUUCCGAUCAUUACAGGAUUCGUGGAUGGAGUCGAGAUAGACAUCAGUAUUUCGAUGGAUCGACUCGUGCCAGCGCAGUAUCUCGCCGCGAAGUUCGUAGACGCCUAUGAAAAGUGAGCACUCAUCAAAAAGUUGUUUUUUUUCAUAAUUUGUCUAACUUCAGAUACAACGCUCACUUUAUUCCAUUGGCUGCUUUCAUCAAGAAAUGGCAGAAGUCGAUGAAGACGGACGAGAACGAGCAGUACCACAGAAUGGUGUUUCCCAGCUCGUGCAGCACUGUCCUCAUGGUCGUCUUCUUCAUGAAACACUACGGAUUGCUUCCUAAUGUCAACUCCAAACAUUCCGGUUUGAACAAAAAGCUGACGUGUUCCAGCAGAUUUCCCAUUUUUCAGAUAAACUUGAACAGAAUUCAGCGACUUGGCCGAUGGCAGUUCAUGGCGAAGAAGGAUCUUUUGGAAUUCCGAACGAAUGUGAUCCAGGCAUUAUAAUAAAAGAAAAAAUUUGAUUUCAGAUGUCCGAAACUGGAAGACUAGUAACUCGUAUGAGAUCAGCGUCGGAACUCUGUUUUUACUCUUCGUCGAUUUCUACACUAACGUCAUUAAUGUUCGAGAGGACAAAUUGGACAUCAGAACUGGCAAAACUGUUCCGAAGACAAGAGCUGAAGUGGAAGAACACUGCGUCGUAAUUGUGGACGUGAUCGACACGGACAAUCCGGCUAAAAAUGUCUCCGUGCUCCGAGACUACGAUGAUCAUUUACAGUUAGUUGAAAAAGAAGGACGAUUCUAACCGAAACUUUUGCAGAGAAGCGAGACAAAUCAUAAUAGAACAACCGAAUAGUGCUGCAGAGAAGCUACUGAAAAUGAAACUCAACAAGCCGUCGUGGUUCGUGGAUAGAGUUUACUAA